AUGGCUUCAGCGGUGGCUGCUUGGGUGAAGAAGUACACCGAGGACCACGAAUGGGUUGAACUAUCUGAAGAUGGCAGUACAGGCACGAUUGGUAUCUCAGAAUACGCCGCCAAAGCACUUGGAGAUGUUGUCUUCGUCGAAUUACCCGCCGUCGACCUCGAAGUCGGCCAAGGAGAGUCCAUUGGCGCUGUGGAGUCUGUCAAAUCUGCCUCCGAUAUCAUGACUCCUAUCAGUGGUACCAUUAUCGAGGCGAACAGCGUGCUUGAGGAGAAGCCAGGCACUAUCAACAAGAGCCCAGAGGCUGAUGGCUGGUUGGCUAAGAUCAAGGUGUCUGCGCCAGAAGAGUUGGAUGGAUUGAUGGAUGCAGAUGGUUACAAGAAGUUCACUGAGGAGGCCGAUAACCACUAAAGGGCGAGAUGACACAGACAGCUGAAGCAGAAGCGGAUAUACCAGACGAGGAGACCUCCACGUAUGCCAGGACAGGUUGAUGGCCAAAAAAAGCGGCGCGAGAAGAGGCCAUAGAGCUGCUCCGCCAGCAAUGGCAACAUCAUGAACACGCCAAGCUGGAGUUAGAUCAAAUCAUCCCAAAGUUCACGACAGCUUCGAUUGGAAGCUUGACUC